GCCGCGGUCCGUCCGCUCCCGGUCCCCCAGCGCGGCGCGGUCCGACGCUCGCUCCGUCCGUCCGGAACUCGAUCCGCCAAACAAACGUUCCGGGAAGCUGAGACCUCGCGGCUGAUCCCGGGAAGGAGGGGAUGAGAUCGGGAAAUACAGCCGACGUCAUUAAGGGUGAUGACUCAGAAGGCGAUUAUUUAACAUUUUUGUCCGGUUGAGCUAUUUUGCUCAAGGCUGAAGCACAGCUUUAAGUUCCAGAUGUCCUCCUUAUCUCGGAAAAACAACCUUCCUGUGAUGGAACUUCUCUUCAAAGAUCCGAGUGCCAUAAAUAAGGAACAAGGACAGCCAUCCAGAGGAGGUACAACUCCUAGACAGCGGCCAAGGGACGAGGUGUCCUUGUACCCGUGGAUGACCGAAGAGUGGGACACCUCCCCAAAUUACCACCAGAGAACACUGAAGGUCCCAGAUGAGCUCAGAAGAUUCAAAUACGUCAUGUAACCUUGUAUGUACGUAAUUCUAUGAAUAUGCCAUAGGUAGGAGUGGUUAUGAGAGACAGGGACCUGCUGAAGCACAUCCACAGGAGGGCCACAAAAAUGCUCUGGGGGAUGGAACACCUCCCUCUGAGGCAGAAAUGCUCCCUAACAUCCAACCUGAACCUCUCCUAGUGCAGCUUGAGGCCAUUCCCUCUUGUCCUGUCAUUACAUAUUAGAUAGGUGAGUCAUGAAAACUUACUGGAUUAUAAACAGAAUCCAAUGUACAGACUGUGCACUAGAUCUGUGGGAAUAUCCCACCUCACUCCCUGUGCAGAAUAAAUCAGUGUCUCCUCUCAAACUCUUGUCUUUUGGCUGUGUUUUGGGAGAUUUGCAACAGACAGCAAGGGAAAGGGGCCCUUCCACAACCAUCCUUUGGCCUCCACAGGCCCAAACUUUCAGGAUAGUUGCUACAGAGUGGAAUAACAAUCCUAUUUAUAUUCUCCAUGAGAUCUCCAGCCAUGCCCCAGGUUGUUCUCUUCCCUGCCCGGCUGGAAUCUCCAGCUGGGUUACUUUGAGAUUUUUAUGAGUUUUUACGCGGACACCUCGUACCUCAGGCAACUUAUCCAGACAUGGCGCACAGAAGCAGUACUUUCCUUUGUGGCUGCAUAGGAAUAUUUGCACAUUUUUAGUUCAAAGAAGUUCAAACUCAAGUCAUCACAAAAACCCCUCCAGCAACUGCCCAGUUGUUGCCCAGCAGUUGGCAGAACAACAACUCUAACUUCACGAUUUAGAGCCUCCCAGUCCACCUGAAGCAGGGGCAAAAAUAAGGAUCCCUUGUCUCAAGGUUGCCUCUUUAUCAGUGCCACAAUGUUGGCAUGAACUGCCAUGAGCAGCCCACAGGCAUGAGCCCUCAGACAAACACUCUGGUGUGAGCCACAAAACCCCAACAUGACUCCGAACCUGCAGGAAAACAAGGCACUAGCACUAAGACAGACAUCUCCAAACACAUCAGAAUGGUGCAAUUCUUUUGGUUCUGCAGGAAGAGGCCUGACAGGGGAAGCCUCCAGUGGCCGCAGGGACAAGAGGUCUGUACCAAUUAACGGCCCAACUUGCUCAAGCCAAAAAACUUUUAGAGCAGCUGCAGUUUUAUUACUAGACCCAAUCACUAGGAAACAGAUCAGAAUACUUGAAGGAAAUAUCCCUCUUGUGGCUAUGAGAUUUUUCUUCAGAAAUUCUGGUUUCAGAGAUGUGUCUUUGUGACACUGGAAAGGAGGAAGAGGGGCACGUUUUGUUAAGUCUAGGGCUGUCCUUCCCAUGGGGAUGCUGAGAAGGGGCAAGCAGGCACUGAUAGCGAUCUCAGCUCGGGUGGACAAACGGCCCGAGCAGCCCCCAUAGCAAAGGGCAAGCCACCCAGAGCCUCCUGCACAUGGAAACCCAAACACACAUUUUCCCAGCGUGCCAAAACCACCUCUCACAGACAAAGGCAUGUUGCAGGGAGUGCCCCAGACCCACAGUGGAGCCGUGCGCAGCUCUCGGAUGAAAAGGAAACCCAGCUACAAGGAGUUUCCUGACUUCUAAUUUUGGCAGCUCUCACUAGCACUGCCAGGCACAGAAUACCAAAGCGAUGAGAGUUUGCCUGCUUUCUGCUUAUUAAACAGAGUUCGCCCAGCAUUUUUGUUUACCUCAACACUAUCGCCCAGGGCGGUUUCGAGGUUGCAGCGCUGUUGAGUGAGCGCCGGGAUGGCACAAAGCCACGGCUGCACCAACUGCAUGGCCGGCCGAAGGACUCGUGGCUCAGCCCAUGUGCUUCUCAUGGUCCUGCGGCUUGGGGUUGGGCUGAAGCCAGAGACUGGCCCCGGCCCCGCCUUUCUCCUCUUUUUAAAGCCUGCCGAAAGCAGCCGCUGUCAGAUGUGGGCUCUGUGCUGCUCCUGUGCUUCCUCUUUCACUGUCUGAAAAAGUAUAAAGUGCUCCAUGUCUUGGCGAGAGCUCCUUCCCCCCUGGCUGGUGAUCGUGGCAGGACUGACAGGCAUCGUGCUGCUCUGCGUCUCCACCAAAGAUGUGCCCAUUGCCCCGCUCAGGACCAAGUAUGGCAUUGUUGUGGAUGCUGGCCCAUCCCGCACCAUCCUGUUCAUCUACCAGUGGACCACCACCAAGGCAAACAAGACCGGGGUGAUCAAAGAGUGUAGUUCCUGCACAGUGCAAGGUCCAGAAAUCCUCAACUACUCAGAUUCUCCUCAGAAAGUAGGAAAGAUCUUGGAUACAUGUUUGAACUGGGCCCAGAGCAAGAUCCCGGCAGAGCAGCACAGCCAGACUCCCCUGUACCUGGGAGCAACCACCAGCAUAAGGCAGCUGAACCUCAGCCAUCCCACCCUCUCUGAUGAUCUCCUUGCAGCCCUGACUGUGGCCCUGAAGUCAUCCCCCUUUGACUUUCAGAGGGUACAAAUCUUGUCCAGUCCAGAUGAGGAAGCAUUCAACUGGGUUGCUGUUAACUACAUUCUGGAGAACUUCUUCAAGUACGACUGGCGAGGACAAAUGGUCCCAUCUGGAAAUGGAAUGGCAGGAGUCCUGUCCAUAGGAGGAGCCUCAACACAGCUCACUUCCAAGGUAGAAGGGAACCAGGAGGGAGUGAGGCUGCAGCUGUAUGGGCAGACACACACAGUGUACACCCACCACUGUCCCUGCCACGGCACAGACCAGCUCCGCAGCAGGCUGCUCUCCAUGCUCAUACAAGAACAAGGAAGUGCUAAAACUGUGCCUAACCCCUGCUGGCCCCUCAGCUACUUCCAAGAAGUGCAAUGGAACUCGGUGCACAAAGGGCCUUGUACUGUCAGUGAUGACACACUGGAUAUCCCCAACCCUGACCAGGUUUUCAACAUCACCGGCACCAGCAAUCCCUCUGCCUGCAUGAGACUUGUGCAAAGACUGCUCAACUCCUCCUCUUCCUGCAGCUUCCUCAAUAAUUUCCCCAAAAGUGCUGCCAAGCCCCUCCAAACCAGGUUUCUGGUGAUUUCUGAGGCCAUGGAGUUCCUGAGGGAAACCACAUCCUCUCCUGAGUUGGGUCAGGCAGUCAACAAGCUUUGUGAGAUGUCUGUCAAAGAGCUAGUCAAGGAGACCCAGACAAGUCUGGAUGCACUUGCUGAUUACUGCAUUGUAUCUGCCUUCAUCUUUCAUCUCAGUACAAAGGGAUAUGUUUUUGACUUCAAUCAGUCUGUUCAGGAUGCAUUCCAGACUGGUGACACAUCAUCUGUCUGGACUCUUGGAUACCUGCUGAAUCUGACCAAUGACAUCACCCAGGACAGCCCAAGCUUCCUCAAGGGCAUUGACCCAGGUGUCUGGUCUUUGCUCCUCAUCCUCUUUGUGGUGCUGCUCACUGGCUCGUUCAUGCGCAUCUCAUACCGAGUGAUGGUCAAGGAGAACAGCUUCAGUAACAGGAACAGCAGUGUUUUUGAUGACAACUGACUUAUUCCAGGACUAGAUUCUCUUGCCAGAGGGCAGCCAACAGAGUAUAUACAGAAAUCACACAGGUGAAAAUCCCUGGAGGAUGCAGGUGGUUUUCCUGCAAGAGUCUCAGGACCUUGUUUCACUUUGCAACCAUUUGCACGACUGUACACUGAGAAAACAGAUUCUGCCAUGCUGGAAGCCUGAGGUUCACAGUGGAUGACAAGCUCUACAUUCUCCAAAUGAGACCAGCUUGCACAGAUCUUGCUUGGGCUGCAACUGCAAUUACUUGUGUCAACCUAAUGAAAACAUUCCCUUGAGGAGGAGGCGGGCCAGGAGCACUAUUGUAAAGUUAAUAUUGAAUAAUCCUGUCUAAUUAGGAAAAGUUAUAUUUAAAAAGGCAUUCUGUCCUCUUCUUUGCCCACAAGAGGGAAGAUGCCUGCAACAUAUCACUAGUGGAGACUGGAACAGCUUUAAAAUACAAUCAGAAUACAGCUGCUGACCUGCUUGGACUCUCCAAGGAAGAAAACUUGUAUUUUCUUCCUGCCACCACUCACCUGUCCUUCCAUCUCAGUGACAGUAUCCAUGUAUCCCACCCAGUGAAUGCUCCUGCUGACCGAAUCCUUCAAAAGCAACAGGCUUUGGUCUUGCUCUGUGCAAAACAUACAGAACAUCAAAGGAGAAACCAAGGGCAUAGACACACAGCGGAGUUCCUGUCUCUCAGCUGAGUCGUGGUAACUCAGGGUUAAAACUGUCAAUUUAAACACUUUAACCAGGAUUUAUAUUAAGAUAUUUUAUCUCGCACUUAAAAUUGGGUGCAUGAUGGCAGCUCACUCAUUUGCACUGAACUGCCUGUCUCCCUGCCCCUGGAAUGUGAUAUCUAACACUGUCCUUCAGGCAAGAACAGACUUAAGAGCAGCAGCUUUCCCAGUUGUCAGCCUGACGACUUUCAUGUUAGACUGUGACCAAAUCGACUUUACAGUCCAACAUUCAGGAUUCCUCUGGGACUUGGCAGCCGUUCCAGCUUCUCUGGUCUGCUCUGUUCUUCUAACAGGAGCUGCUGUACAAUUCUCCACAUUAUUGUGAAGAAAAUGGAUGGAUUCAGACAAAUGCUGACCUUUGACUAAAGCACUUAGAGUUCACCUCUCAGAAUGCUUCAGAGACUUAAACAGACCAGUUGUUUAAAGCCCAAGGCCAAGUGCCUUCAACUCACUGCAGACCACUUAAAACAGAAAUUUAAAUGCUCAUAGAUGCAAUGAUUUGCCUUGCAGGAUAUUUAAAGCUACCAUGGCACUCAAAUCCUUUCAAACCUGGUUAUUAAUCCCUUGUGUUCCUAAUUCACAUAUAGGACAACCCACUCCUCCCACCCCCAUCUAUUAGUAUUGGUGUGUUCAUAAAUUUUCAGGCCAACUAAUGAAGGUCUGGAACCUGUCAGUCAAGUUUGGAGGGGUGUGGAAACAGACUGAAACAAGCUUCAUAUUCAUUUCUUUGAGUUGCAGGUUAGAUAUUUUUAAUUAUAUCAUGUUAUUAAAGAUGUUUGAAUAGAC